UCACAACCUCUGAGGAUGCCUGCCAUAGAUGUGGGCGAAACGUCAGGAGAGAAUGCUUCUGGAACAUGGCCACACAGCCCGAAAGACACACAACAACCCUGUGAUCCUGGCCAUGAAAGCCUUCGACAACACAAUUUUAACCAACAUACUGAGGGCCUUAGUAAAGCGUCUGCUGUGCCUUUAAUGGGCCUGGAGGCCGAGGCCGAGGCCUAGUCCCGCCUCUGUGUUUGUGGGAGAAGGGCGAGGAAGGUGAGCGAGCGGGCGGGCAUGGCUCCGGGGAAGCGGUGGGCCUCUGCUGCGGCCGUGCUCUCCUCCUUCGCCUUGGGUUACCUUUGGGGCCGGAGGAAAGAAGGCUCCGAGGCGGGCCUGAGGCCUAGGCUGCCCUCCCUGGCGGCGGCCUCGCCAAGCGUGGAGGUCUUGUCCAAGUACGGCUCGCCGGGCCUGCUCCCGCUGCGCCUCCGCGACUCCUUCGCCCUGUGCUACGACCCGCGGAGCCGGAGCGCGCUCUGGGUCAUGGAGAGGCUCCGUCGCCCGGAGGGAGAGGCCGGCUCCGGGGCGGACCGCGCGCGGUGCCGCUUCCACGCCGACGCCGAGGCCCACCCCUUCCACCGCGCCACCCUCGACGACUACCGCGGGAGCGGCUUCCAGAAGGGACACCUCGCCGCCGCCGCCAACCACCGGCACAGCCAGGCCGCCAUGCAGGACACCUUCUGCCUCGCCAACGUCGCGCCUCAGGAUCCUCACCUGAACCAGAAUGCCUGGAACAACUUGGAGAAAUAUUGCCGGAGUUUGACCAAAUAUAACCAGAGUGUGUACGUCUGUACUGGCCCACUUUUCCUACCCAGGAUGGAGGCCGACGGGAAGAUGUACGUGAAGUACCAGGUGAUUGGGAGGAACCAGGUGGCGGUGCCCACGCACUUCUUCAAGGUGCUCCUCCUGGAGAAGGCCUCCGGGGAGGUGGAGCUGCGCUCCUACGUCAUGCCCAACGCCCCGGUGGACGAGAAGCUCCCCUUGGAGCGCUUCCUGGUCCCCAUCGAGAGCAUCGAGCGCGCCUCCGGACUCCUCUUCGUCCCCAACAUCCUGAAACGGACCAGCGCCUUGAGAACCAUCACCGCCGGGAACCGGAGCUGAGGCCGGAUUGCUUUUUACUCGGGAACUUAAGUAUUUGUUUACAAAGUGGAGAUAGGGCGGGAUAGAAAUAAAGUCUCAUCUAUUCAUUCACUUCCUCCUGAGAAAAAUGUAUAACAUCACAAAGGAUUAUCACAUCACCCACUUCAGAGGAAAUCUGGUACAAAACAGGAGUUUUGUUGAGUUCCAGGGUCAGAGAAACAGAAGAAUGGCCUGCCUCAAGGAAGCCCGUUUGCUCCAUCAGUGUUUAACAUUUACACAAAUGCCAGAAGGGGCAGAGAGUUUCAUCUAUGCCGACGAUCAUGCCAUCACCACUCAAGCAGGAAGCUUUGAAAUGGCACUUGAUGAACCAACCUGGACACAGGAUAUUAUUUGAGAACACAGAAAUGCUGGACCACUCCAACAACUAUCAUGUCAGACGACACAGAGAAGCCAUUGAAAUCCACAAGCAUGUGGACAACUUCAACAGAAAGGAGGAAACCAUGAAAAUGAACAAAAUCUGGCUACCAGUAUUGAAAAACUCAAAAAUCAAAACAGUAGAUGGGAAGCAGCAGAAGAGCCCCAAGGAUGGCUAACGACUCUGAACAAAGGAUGCCCCCAAGGCAAGAGACAAACCUUUCCAAUGCAAAUUAGGGUGAUUAACUGAAACAUUAAUGCCAGCUUCCAACUGACAAAGGACUCUUGUCACACCCUGGACUCUCCACAGAUAUAUAUUUGUUCCUUUCCGUGUCUAGUUUUCAACAGACCUCACAACCUCUGAGGAUGCCUGCCAUAGAUGUGGGCGAAACGUCAGGAGAGAAUACUUCUAGAACAUGGCCAGACAGCCUGAAAGACAUACAACAACCCUGUGAUCCCGGCCAUGAAAGCCUUCGACAACACUUUGACAUGGUCAAACAGAAGUUUUCCAAAGCUCUACGUAUUCUUACUGCCUAUUAAAGGAAAAACCAGCCAUUUACACAAAUCACUAGCCACUGUCAGAAGUGACAGAGUUUCAUCUACGCUGACAAUCGUGUCAUCACCGCCCAAGCAGGCAGGAAGCCAAGCGGACGGUGUAUCCCCAGUAAAGGCCGGAGACAGUGCGGGGAUGAUGGGAAGACACCACCGUCCCCUUCUGCGUUUUGCUCUCUGGAAGAGACGUGGAGCAUGGAAGGAUAAGGAAGCAGGCAUGGGCAAACUUCAGUCCUCCAGGUGUUUUGGACUUCAACUCCCAGCAUUCCUCACAGCCCAUGCCUGCUCCAAAGCCACCCCAGAGUCACACUCCAAUGUUGUUAUUACCUGGGUUCUGCUGCUCGUUGAGCUUCACGGUGACGCGGAGUCCGGCCUCGAGCUGCUUAUCGAUCUGCACCUCCUGCAAGACGAAGGGAGAGAGGAAAACAGAGGUACGUCCCAUAACAACAACAGUCUGGGAGUUGUAGCUGCAAGGGAAAUGUGAUAUUGAAAAGUUGGCAGUGUAUUCUUUUUUAAAAUAUCUUUAUUAGAUUUUGUAUAUAUGUUUAAACCUAUAAUGGGGGUAUGGAGUUUGGAUUGGGGUUGGGGUAAAUGCAAAAGAGGGAAAGAGAAGGGGGAAAAUAAAAAAAAAAAUAAAAGAAGAAAAAGAAGAAAGAAACAUUAAAAAAAAAGGUUUGACUUCCGGUCAUCUUCCUUGGGGAAACGGCCUUUCCAUUUGUUUAUUUAUCUUCUAGUUCAGGGGUCCCCAAACUAAGGCCCGGGGGCCGGAUGCGGCCCUCCAAGUCAUUUACCUGGCCCCCGCCCUCAGUUUUAUAAUAUAAUAUUUUUAUAUCAGUUUUAAUAAUAUAAUAUUGUAUACGCAUAUAAUAUUGAUGGUUAUAUUAUAAUGUAAUACAAUAUAAUGCUAAUAAUAAUGCUGUCGUCUCACUCGUUCAGUCGUUUUCGACUCUUCGUGACCUCAUGGACCAGUCCAUAUAAUAAUAUUAAUUAUAUAUUAUAUAUUACAUGGAAUAUUACUAAUAAUAUUACAAUAUAGUGGUUAGUUCAAUAUAGUAAUAUAUAAUGCUAAUAUUGUUCUAGGCUAACAAUAUAAUACAGUAGAGUCUCACUUAUCAAACACUCGCUUAUCGUUGGAUAAGCAAAUAUGUUGGAUAAUAAGGAGAGAUUAAGGAAAAGCCUAUUAAACAUCAAAUUAGGUUAUGAUUUUACAAAUUAAGCACCAAAACAUCAUGUUUUACAACAAAUUUGACAGAAAAAGUAGUUCAAUACGCAGUAAUGCUAUGUAGUAAUUACUGUAUUGACGAAUUUAGCACCAAAAUAUCACAAUAUAUUGAAAACAUUGACUACAAAAACGCGUUGGAUAAUCCAGAACGUUGGAUAAGUGAGAUUCUACUGUAUUAAUUUUUGCUCCCAAAGAUGCUCUAGGUCUUAUUUUCAGGGGAUGUCUUACUUUUCCAUGAAGAAGAAUUCACAUUUAUUGUUGAACAAAAAAAAUGAACAUUUAUUAUAUCUUGUACAGUAGUUGUCAUCACAAACCAGCAUAACCAGACAAACUGAAUCCUAUCAAGAAUUUCUUAUUACUACCAUUAUUUCCAUGUACAACAAUCAAUAGUAUGUACAUUUACCAAACCUGCAUGCUCUGGUGUUCUGUUUGACAGGCAUGCUUCCAAACAAAAACUUUGCUAGGUCUUAUAUUUAGCAAUUCAGCAAAACCUCUACUAGGUCUUAUUUUCUGGGGAUGUCUUAUUUUAGGGGAAACAGGGUAGCUGCCAGGGAAAUGUGAUAUUGAAAAGUUGACAAUGUAUUCUUAAUUACAAAAAGGAUAUACAGGCACUGUAAGAGUUCAACUGGUGCAGGGACUCAGCCAAACCAGCAGAUUGUUAAGGUGAAAAGCACACGUCUGCAUUUUAGAUGGAUUUAUUUAUUUCGUGUCAAAAGCAUUGCAUAAUAAAUGUUUAAAAGUGAUAAAAUAAAGGGUAAAAAUAAAAAAUAAAAUUUUAUUUUA